GCUCCAGAAUUUGCUAGAACCACCACAGCAACAGGAACCUUGCCCGAGCUUCUGAUUGGAUGUUACAAUUGUUUUUUUGACCAGCGAUUGGUUGCUCUGUUACAACGGACGUGUCCAGACGGGAUUCCACUGAUCUCCAUGAAACGUGCCUGUUAACAGAUGGAAACGUGCUUGGUAAACGUGCUACCAGCUGUUGUGACACCAGGCUAAAGUGUUUGAGGUAAACAGGGAGAUUAUACCGCCAACUGGCCUCCUUUACCCACCUUAUUUGAUUUACUUACAAUCUAGGUUUCUCAGUACCAUCGAAAUAAAGAGUACAUUCAAAAUAUAUAGCCAACUUGAAGACCACUGCAAAAUAUGUAAUUUAAUAAGGGGAGUUUGCUGAUACUGAUGAUAUGGCAGGCAUACAAUAAUAGUCCUAACCGUUAACGGGCAUGGUCAUGACCUUACUACUAAAGCAAGGGAUGUUUGAGAUCUAGCGAGACCAUAUUUAGUGGGAUAUCCUGUUAUACUGUACUUUUUAAGCCAACCUCAAGUACCCUGCCCUAGUUGCUAUAAGGUAACUAAAUAGAUUUGAAUAGUGAAUCCAUGUGUCACUUUGAGGUUGUUUGAGUUUUAGUGUCUUUACUGAAAAUAUGGACAUAUGGUCAAAUGGUAGCGAAGUUACUGCGUAGUAAAGGGCUGAGGGUGGCACUGAAAAAAUGUCACGCUGCACAUACUGUACAAAGAGCAGACUGUUGAGUCACCAGUCCUGUGACAUGAUAGCCAAUGGUGAAUGCAGUUCUCACACACCUAAAGCCUCUCAACCUUCUGUUUCCGUAUGGGACAUGAUCACGUCUAGCCUUACAGGCAUAUUGUAAUGUUUAUGGCUUAAAAUGCUUGAUCUGGUUUCCAUGAGCAUAUGUUCCAUACUAGAGAAUCCUCACAAGUUAAACACUGAUUUAAGAUAGCGUGGAAUGACUGUAGAGCUUAUCAUUAAAGUCAGUCAGACAAGGACUUUCAGUAGGUGUAGUGAGUUUUUUUGAUAUGUUCACGGAGAGAGGGGACCCAACUGAUUAAACAUACUGAGUUUCUGAGAUUCUGGUCAGUGGUCUCUAAAGUAAGUUGUGGGAACCAACAUAGGGGCCCAGCAAGAUGGUGACAGCUUUCUGUAUAUCUUCAUUACUGGCGGUUGCAAGUACUGACCAGUGAUAUUCCAUGUUUACCUGUCACCAUUUUUUUAGAGAUCUGUGGCACUGUAAACUAAAUUAAGUCAAAGAGCAAAAGCUCAGAUGGGGGUCUGUAGCCUACUUGGUUUCUAUUUUGAGAGUCAUAAAUAUGAUACAGCUAAGAGAGUCCUAAUUUAUGUAUUUAGGUCACAACAGUCCCUUACCCCACCCUUCCAGCCCCCUGUCAUAUGACACCCAACCCGUGAUGCACCGCCCCAGGGCUUUCCAACACAGAGCUGAGUGUCCACUUCAAUCUCUGAGGAAUGUGUUUGUGCAAGUCUGCUGUAGUUUGGCCUCCCCACUUGCUUGGAAUUAUUAUCAACUGUCUCAAAGUGUUCAAGAAAAAACAAUCUUUCAGGAACUAGGCCUAGCCAAGUAUGGUGGAAACUGACACUCUUAGCACACGAAAUUAAAUUGCCCAUGGCUCGGGACAACAAACUUGACGUUGGCUUUUCUUAGAGGUACCUGUCUUUUAAUUUAUUGUACAUAUUCAAUAACCACAUCAGUAACUGUGAGUGAGUCACAUGUGUAACUAGUAGGGAGGCUUUUAAUGUAAAUGUGACUCCUAUCAGCAAUACACCUUGAUCAGGGUCAUUGCGUUCUCUUUGGCAGGGUGGUUGUUUUGGUUGGAAUGUCCAGUUCCACGUCAGCAGGUUUCACAACAAACACAUCAAACCAGUUUCACCAGAACUUUUUUUAGAGAGCUGGGUAAAUACUCUAGAUCCCUGUUUUUUUACUUGUUGACACAGAAGUUAUUGAAGUAAGGCUUACCAUAUAAGAAACGUCAAUUAUGAACAGAUGUAUUUAACAUGAUGGUUUGUUAUUUUCUUUAUAUCUACAGAAUGGAUCUUGUAAAACAUACAGGCGGCUGCCACUGUGGGGCUGUUAGAUUUGAGGUCUGGAGUUUCCCAGACCUCCAUGUUUUCCAUUGCAACUGUAGCAUUUGCACAAAGAAACAAAACCAUCAUUUCAUUGUUCCAAAAAAUCACUUCACUCUCUUACAGGGGUUGGAAAAUCUGACCACAUACACAUUUAACACUCAUGUUGCUAAACACACCUUCUGUAAAACCUGUGGAGUUCAAAGUUUCUACACUCCACGCUCAAACCCUGAUGGAUAUGGUGUCGCUCCACACUGUCUGGAUCCAGCUACUGUGCGCAGUGUCACGGUGGAGAAGUUUUGUGGCGAGAAGUGGGAAGAAAGCAUGCAAGCUCACAAGAGCAUCAGAGACAUGUCUAGACCUGCAUCAGACACAACUGAGGGAAACAAAACAACACUGUGAUAUAAGAAUCAAACUUUUUUUAAUCAGUGGUUCGCCAGAAAUAUUGUACAGUAUUUUCAUCAAUC